GAAAAACUCGCUCUUUCAUAGCGCGCACCUGACUGAACGUGCCCACGCCGCACGCACGCUUGUUCCCCUGAAACGCGCCGCCGCCGCCAGGUUAGCCGCCCGACGGCGCUUUCCCCCCCUGCCUCAAUCCUCCGCCCGUCUGCUCUACACCGCCCCUCCGCACCUCGGCUCCGAGAUCGACGCCGUCCACCGCCCGCCCGCCCAUCUGCUCCUGCUCCUGCUCCGGCACCUCCUCUGUGCAGCCCGGCGCGGCCAGAUGGAGGCGGCGGCCGGAAGGGGCCUGGACCUGGCCGGCCCGCUCCGCGACCUCCUCCCGCCGGUGGACUUCUGCUGCGCGUACGGCUCCACCCUCACCCACGCCCGCCCCGACGGCACCUCCAUGGUCGACUACAUCCUCGGCGUCGCCGACCCCCUCCAGUGGCACUCCGAGAACUUGGCGAGGAACCCCACGCAUUACUCUAGCUGGAUGGCGCGCCGUGGCCCCGAAGCCGUCACUUGGCUCGCAGAUCGUGUCGGUGUCGGGGUCUACUUUAAUCCCUUUGUCGAGUGGGGAGACAAGAGGAUCAAGUAUGGGGUCGUAGCGAUGAAGGACCUGGCGACGGAUAUCUUGACCUGGGACCAGUUCUACCUAAGUGGCCGACUGCAAAAACCUGUCCGUGUUCUUGUCGAUAACUGGGAUAUAAGGAUGGUUAACACAGUUAAUCUGAAAAUGGCAGCUGCAGCUUCUCUGCUUCUUUUGCCAAAAGAAUUCACAGAGCAUGACCUAUACGCAAAAAUUUGCAGCCUAUCUUAUAUGGGUGACAUAAGGAUGUUAUUUGCCGAAGACAAAUAUAAGGUCAAGAAGAUUGUGGAUGGUAGUUUCCAGCCAUUUCAAUUGAUGUACAGACCCCUGAUACAGGAUUAUAUUUCUGAAGGGAUACUGAAGAUGUCAGAUUACAGACAACAAAAGGCUUUCAAGCAGGACUGUGGUGUAUCUGCAACGAACGAACUGUUUUCUUCUCUCCCGCGUAUGAUCCAAAGGAGACUGCAGGGAAGAUUCACAUCGAAUAGCACAGAAAUACCGACUCACAUACCGACCCGCGCGUUGGUUCCAUCGAAAGAGGUGGCAGCGGCAUCCGUCCGCACGGCUCUGAGGCGCCGCGUAAUGGUUUCGAGCGCACGGCAAGCAGCUUGUGGGCUGCUCGCCUCUGGCGGCCUGGUCGCCGCGCGGUACCUGGGGAAGAAAAUGUCCAAGGCCUUGAGCACCCGAUGUUUGACUUUUUUUUAGUUAUUAUACAUACGGAAGUCUUGGCUUCCCCUAGUUUAACAUGCAGGAUAUGUUUGUUGUAGACUUGUAGACUUAAAAGAGUGUGCUGGUGUGUUGAAUCAAAGGUUGGAAGCCUGGUGACCCACAGCGUUGUGUGAAAAUCGUGUGGAAUUGCAUGGGAGGAUCAUUCCGGAUUAACGUCUGGUGCUGCUGAACAAUACUAACCGUUAGCAUACAUACAAAGUUACAUGGCACUCUGUCUUUUGUUGAAUGUUGUAUACUUUUCUUUGGGACA